CCCCCUCCGGCGAGAUGUUAUGGCCGAGCCGGCGCAGACGGGCGGCGUAGGGCAGGGCGGGCGGCGGGAGGAUGAGGCGGCGGUGGCGGCGCCGCCGCCGGCGGCCGCCGCCCCCAGCUCGGAGGACUACGAGUGCAAGAUCUGCUACAACUACUUCGACCAGGAGCGGCGGGCGCCCAAGCUGCUGGAGUGCCUGCACACCUUCUGCCAGGAGUGCCUGAGCCAGCUGCACCUGCGCGCCGCGCAGCAUCCCCCCGCCGGCGGCGCCGAGCCGGGCCCGGGGCGCUCACCCGGCGGCUCCCUGGCCUGCCCGCUCUGCCGCCACCGCACGGCGCUGCCCGACCACCGCGUCCACGGCCUCCCGGUCAACACCAAGCUAGCCGCCGCCUGCCCGCCGCAGCUGCGGGCCCGCGACCCGGUGCCGCAGGACCGCCUGCCGCCGCUGCCGCCCCGCCGCCCGCCCCGCGCCCGGGAGGCGGCGGCCGCCCUCGCCCCGCCGCCCCCCGCCCCCGCCGGGCCGCGCUCCUCGGGCGGCGGCUACGAGAGCUGCCAGAGUUGCAAGCGGGCGGCGCUGAGCGCCGGCUGCGUGUGCGUCGUCGUCUCCUUCCUCUCCAUGGUGGUGCUGCUCUUCACCGGCCUCAUCUUCGUCAACCAGUACGGCGGGGACGCCGCGCCCGGCGCCGCGGCAUCGCCGUCGCCGGUGGGGCCCAUCUGCCUGUCGGUCGCCAGCAUCCUCGCCCUCUUCUCCGUCGUCGUCACAUGGCUCAUCUGCUGGCUCAAGUACCGGCCCGAGGCGGCCACCGGCGGGGCCACGGCCAACGGCUCGGCGCGGGGCCGGGCCGCCCGCAGGAGCGACACGUAGCCGCGGCGGAGCGCAGCGGGGCCGGGCCGGGCCGGGCUGCGCGGGGCGGGCG